AUGUUCGGCGUGCUGGCACGCGCAGCGGUCGCGAGCAGGUUCGCGCUAACCGCCCAUCGAACCGCUGAAAGGCUCUGUUCUCACGAUAUCGAAACUUUGCCCUUCCAGCUGCGGCGCUUGUUCUGUGUCCUCUCGAGAUACGAGACGUUGUCGGCGACUUCGGACGGGUAUCAGAUGGCCUUCCCGGCCUCAGGCUUCCGGCUCCUGCGACACCUGGUGUCCGUGGACUGCGAGUGCUUCGCCAGCCCUCUCAACUGCACCUUGUCAAGAUUUUGCUCCGUGGCGUACGACACGGAUAAGUUCUUCGGAAGCGAGGGAAACUUUUUUCAGUCGGAGUAUCAGCAGGCGAACCCGCCGUUCGUGGAAGAGGUGAUGGAGCGCAUGGUGGACCACAUGCACUACCUCUUGCGGAGAGCGACGGGCCCGAUGUCCUUUGCAGUCAUCGUUCCCGGGUGGGACGACGACGGCUGCCUGAGCUACCAGAACAUGAAGAACUCCCGCUUUGCAAGACCACACCCUGGUGAGCGGUUGCCUGUAACAGCCGCGAACUACUUAGCAUCGACGGUGUUCGAUGAGCCAGGCUGCAACGCUACGCUAGCCACCUCUUCGGCAGAAGCAAUUGAUCCCCCAAGAUUGAGCCGCCCGAGCUGUGUAGCCGUUUUUGAGUUCCCUGCGUCGCCCGUCGCCGCUCGCUGCUCUUAA